AUGCUCGCUUCUUUUCCGAGGAGGGGAGCAAUAGGCUUAGAUGGGCAUGAUAGCUUGAAGAAGGAGUACCGGGCUCAAGGCCCUUCUUAUUUUACUUUGACUCUGCUGGAACUGGCUUCUGUUUUGGAUGGCGUUUCUCUAUGGAAUCUUGUUCUUACAGCCUUCCUAAAGAGCUAUGCGACGUCACAGAUCAAGCUUUCGAACUCUUCUUUGGUGUCAAGGUAA